GCACGGCAAGUUUUGCCCGCGGUGCUUCUGAAUUCAUUCACAACCAUGGCCGACAUUACGAGCAUUGCAUGUCUUUAUCUGUUGUGGAAGAGGGAGAGACGUCGGAAUGCCCGUCGUUUAUGGGUUCAUGAGACCAUUCGGAGCCGUACAAAGCUCGGUGAAUUUCACCGUCUUCUGCAGGAGCUCCGUCUGGAUGACGAACGCUUCCAGCGCUAUUUGAGGUUGACUCCGGCCCAGUUUGAUGACCUGCUAGCUAGGAUCGGUGCUAGGAUCUCUCGGUUGGACACCAACUACAGGCGCUCCAUCUCAGCUUCGGAGCGCCUGUCCAUCUGUCUCCGAUACCUAGCCACUGGGGACUCCUACAGGACCAUCGCAAAUAGUUUCCGUGUUGGGAUCUCCACUGUCUCCAGCAUUGUCCCUGAUGUUGCCACUGCAAUCUGGGACUCUCUGGUGGAGGAGUUCAUGGCUGUGCCCAGCACAGAUGAGUGGAGGUCCAUUGCAGGGAGGUUUGAGGAGCGGUGGAAUUUUCCUCUUUGCUGUGGAGCAUUGGAUGGGAAGCAUGUGGUCAUUAAAGCCCCUGUUCAAUCAGGAUCCCAGUUCUACAACUACAAGGGAACUUUCUCUCUUGUUCUCUUGGCGGUUGUAGACGUGGAAUAUUGUUUCCGGGAGAUUGAUGUCGGGGGCUACGGAAGAACCAGCGAUGGUGGGAUUCUGGCCAACUCUGCUUUUGGUGCAGUUCUUCAGUCGCAUGUCUUUGUGGCUGAUGAGGCCUUUCCACUUCGGAAAAACCUCAUGAGGCCAUUCCCUGGUCGCCGGGUUUUCAAUUACCGUCUGUCCCGAGCUCGGAUGGUUGUGGAGAAUGCCUUUGGGAUCCUUUCUUCCCAGUGGAGGGUCUACAGGCAUGCCUUCGAGGUCAACAUUGAAGUUGCGGAGAAGUGUGUGAAGGCUACCUGUGUUCUCCACAACUUCAUGCGGAGGACCACCCCCCCAAGUGCAUUGAGGGGGAACAUCCCAGUUGGUGAGGUGGACCCACUGCCAGGUCUACGAAGAGUUGCUGCCAACAACUCAGCGAGGGAAGCCAUCAGGAUUCGGGAGGCCUUCAAGUCCUACUUCUCUGCUGAGGGAACCGUCCCAUGGCAAGACAACGUGUAG